GAGAAAUAAAAUUAAUUAUGCAGAACCACUUAUUCAUUUUACUGUAGGUCGGAGUGGAGUGGGUCACUUCACCACAAGUCGAGAGGAGGGCUUUAGAGAGAGAGAGAAAGAGAGAGAGAGAGAGAGAGACAGAGAGUGUUUGUGUGUGUGUGUGUGUGUGUGUGUGUUGUUGUUGUUGUUGUUGUUUGUGUGUGUAUGUAUAUAACGUCGUCGAUAAUAUCAUCCUUCAAAUUCCUCGGCCUACCAACCGAUUUAAGUUUCACCUUGAAGGCCUCCUCUGCUCCUGACAUUGGAAACUCUUCCUUCUUCUCAAACUCUUCAAAACUUUUCUUCAGCUUCAGCUUCCAAAGCCACAAUUUUAUAUUCACAACCCCUUUUUUUUCACUUCCCCUUCAAGACCUAUCACCACCGCAUUUUUUCUUCCUGCUUGCCAACCCACCUAAUGCUCCUCCACCUCUUACACAGAGUUUGGAAGAAGCCCAAGAAGCGUUUUCCGAGUUUCUUCAAGAAUUCGGGGUUUCUCACAAGGAUUCCACCUCCAUUUCCAUGAAUUCGACUGGGAAUUGGACGACCUUAAGCUCCUGGAAAAGCCAGGGGAAGGAGUUGGACUUGGAGUUGCUGGGCUUUAAGGAGAAGGCGAGAUAUUUGGCUCAAGACAAAGGUGAUAAUGGAAAGGCUGCUCUUUUGGAAAGUGCUGUUGGAUUGAGUCUCUUUUCGGCUAUGAACGUUGCAAGGUAUCUUUCGGCUGAAUCGCUUCCGGGUCUUGUUGAUAAGGUUAAGUAUAUGAAGGAAAUAUUCUUUUCUGGCAGUAAUGGUAGGGGGCUUGUAGGCAAAAACGCUCACCAAAUGAUGAUGCAGCUGUCAAUUCCAAUUAGUGAAGAUUUGCAACAAAAUUUGUCAUUUUUCGAAAAGAUUGAAGCAAGGCGUGGGGUUUUGAACAUGUUGGUAUCCAAAGAUACCUCUUUCCUUUUUCUGGUGGAGUCAUUUCCACGUCUUCUAUUGUUACCACUGGAAUCCCAUAUGAAAGCUAUGGAAGAGUUUCUUAAGAAUAUUGGGAUCUCCAAAGAAUUCAUGGUAAAUAUAUUUCAAUUAUUUCCACCCAUUAUUUUUUGCGAUAUCGAAGUCAUUAAAAGAAGAGUUCUGGCUUGCAAGAAGGUUGACAUGAAGGAAAACAAUGUUGGUAAAAUGCUAACAAAAUUCCCUUGGAUUCUAUCAACUAGUAUGCAAGAGAACUACAAGGAGGUUCUUUCUUUCUUUGAUAUGGAGAAGGCUAACAGCAUCUUUUGUAAUACAAGAAUGAGCUAUGUUACCAUGGCAUAUACAGAGAUUCAUGAAGCAGGGCGCUUUAACAAGCAUCUUUGGGACAAACAUACUCAAGAGGCUGAAAGAAUCUGGCACCACAUCCAAAAGCGAAUGGGAUGGAUGCUUGUCAUCAGUCAGCAUUGGUAAUGAGAUAAUCCCUAUGUUUGAGGCAGUGCUCAUGCUUGAUUAUGUCAAUUGAAUUUGUAGUGGAGCAAAAUAUAUAUGCCCAACAACAAAUUCGCCAAGGCAAUCCUAAGUAAACGAUAUGUAUAAAGUCAAUACGGUAUUUACUUAUAAGAGUUGAUAAUUAUGGAAAAAGCUUAAUUAUUAUUGAAGCAAA